UUUAUACUUUAAACUAACUGGAGAGCAGAAGGAUUUCCUUUGUGACUUACUUCACGGAUCAAUUCUAUACUAUGGAAAUCUAAAACAUUGUUACAAAAACAACACAUUUAUUGACGAUAUUUUAGGCAGAUUUCCUACAGAUUACAUUCUAUGAAACAUAUACAUGUAACAGGCGUCAAUAAAUGCUUCGUAUGGUUUUGUGAAAACUGCCGAAGAAAUCUUCAUUGAUGGCAGAAAGGAUUCCGAUAGAAUUUAUUGGUGUUUUCGCCAUAGGUGCACAUGUUUUACUGUUUUUAUGCAUCGUCAUAGCUUGUUUUAAAAAGUAUUGUUGCGAGAGAAGAACAAAGACAAGAUCCUUCCCAAAUAACAAUACAUUUUCAGAUGUUCAAAGAGCUAUGUCAUGCGACUCUAACAGAUUAAUCUCAACAAUAUCAGAUGGCGUUUUACAUGAUAACCAAGCAUCUACAAGGCAAUCAAAUGUCCAUAUGUCACCGACAUUGUUAGAUGCCCUUGUACAUGGAUAUCAUGCAUCUAGCCAAUCAAGGGCCCACUUUGCGACACCGCCAUCCUCAGAUCGGGUUUUACAUAGGUUGUCAUCUACAGAAUCUUUUGACCAAUAUAGUGAUAGAGAAGAAUCUAGUUAUACACCAAUAUCCCCUCCAUCUCCUCGUAAUACAGAGGAGGAAGGACACCAUAUGAUGCCAUUCGUUUUAACAGAAUUUCCAGACGAUGGUUUUGAAGAUUGGCCAGAUGAGCCCCCUCCUUCGUAUAACAGUUUAUUUGAAAUAGUUAGACCUGCCGAUGAUUUGUUUUUAAAAUAAGUUUGUACAUCUUUCUUUUAAUUAGAUAUUGUUCCAGAUUCUAGCGCCCAUCAUAUCAUAUGUUUAUAUUACAUGUAUCUCAUGUAGAGAGGUCAGCACAUACCUGUGAAUGGCUUCAAAUUUAGACCUUUACUCGACACUCAGGGCCAUUGAGCAGUGAAGGAUCUUUAUCGUGCCAAAGGCUACCGUGAUACGGGGCAUCAGUUUUUAAGGUCUCACCCGAAAGACCCGCAACUUUCACUUCAAAGUGCCAAAGGCAUGGCGAAGGAACAUCUGCUACCUAUAUACUAUUACAUUUUCUAAUUUGUACAAUAUAUUUUCAUCGACCUGACAAAUGAAUUUUAAUAAAAGUAAUUACAAUACUUAAA